CUUCGUUGUGUUUAAUUUCAGACCGGGUCGAUGGAUCAGAUCAACACUCCACCCCCACCCACACUGGAUUCCUCCCAGUCCUCCCCAGUAGGUCGCUGGCGGUUCUUCAUCAACCAGACCAUCAGACACCGCGAGUCCCAGUCUGGCCAGGGUGCCCCCAUGACCCCUGCUGGAGACUCUGCAGAACUUCAGCCUAUAGAUGGUGACUCUGCUGCAGCUGAAGAGGGCUGGCAGACGGCCACUCAGCCUCUACCUGGCUCUGCGCGGCUCCCAGACCCCUCCGCUACCACAACCAGUGUGCCAGCUGCUGAAUCUACUGUGUUGGGGAUCUUGCAGGCUGGGGUGGGGGGUCCCCAAACUCACCCCGCCACGAUUGAAGGAGAGGAAACAACAACCGCCCCGGCAGCACCUCAACGAAGCAGCGCAGAAGAAUGCGCCCCGAUCGCAGAGGACACCUUGGCCACGCCCGAACGAGAAGAAUCGGAGUUGAACCGGGGUCCCGUUCACGCCCGCAGUGCCACCCCGGAGCCUUGCGUUCAGCCCCUCGUCCUGACUGCUCUGUCCCCCCAGGGGACCCCCCAGAACCAGGGCGGGACCCCAGCUUCCCACCCCAGCCCGGCCCAGCCCUCCUCGGUGCCAGAGUCGGACGGGGAAGGUCCCCCAAAGAUGGAUUUCGUGGACAACCGCAUCAAGACCCUGGACGAGAAGCUACGGAACCUGCUGUACCCGGAGCACAGUGGGACAGGGGCCCCCGCCAGCCCCGUGGUCCCCCUGACAACAUCGGAGGAGGGCCCUGGGGGGGAGGAGGCCACCGCAGGACUGGAGACCCCCCCAGACUCGAAGCCUUCCUCCUCCUCCUCUUCCAGGUCAUCCUCGUGCUCGGAUCUCGCCGCGGUCGGUGCCAGUCAGGGGUCAGAGGUCACCGAAGUCACCCAGUUGUCCGGAGGCGGGGGGGCAGUGCUUCAGGAUCCUGCCCCCGCGGAGGGGCAAGCUGUAGAUCUUGCUGGCCCCUCCCAGCCUACGGUGAAUCCGCUGCCCCCUCUCUGCUCUUUCUCCUGCCCGCUCUUUGAUCGAGACGGCCCCUCUGCUGUGGUCAGGACUCUGCCUGUUGAGCCGGCCGUGUUUGCAAUCCUCCCCCACUCUGAAGCCUCUUGCUUCCGUUUUACCCACGGCGGGACCACAGGGCAGGAUACCCGCUGCAGACCGGGACAACCCAGCGCCAGCCAGGAGGAAAACGCUGUUAGCAAGACGAAGGGCGAAACAGAGGUUCGGGCAAUAGCGGGAGCUUUGGAUUUGGUGUGA